AUGUCUGCCGAGCCCACCUUUCUCGUCUACCUCCCCGUGACCGAUGUCGCGGCUUCCGUGAAGUGGUACACUACCGCCUUCGGCUUCAAGGUGAACGAAGCGACGUACCACCCGAGCUCGUACGCGCACAUCUAUCUCGGCGGCCCUUCGGCAAAGGAAAGCCGUGCCCAGCUCAUGCUGCGCAAAUUCCCCGAGGCGCAGAGGUGGGAGAAAGAGGGGGACAAAGUGCCGGUCUAUGAUCUUAUGUGGGACGUGACAGAGAAGGGGAAGGGGAAGGAGGUGGUGGACGAGUGGCUGGCUAAGGUGAAGCAUACUGGGGUCAAGGUGGACCUUCAGGGCACGGGGGCUGAGGAUAAAGAAUGGGGAACUAGGCAGUUCGAGUUGAAGGAUCCCGAUGGCCACCGGGUCACCUUCUACACUUAUCUUUGA